AAGAACUCGAUUAAGGGCUGGCAGGAGUGCGGCGGGCACAUACCAUGGACGGCUGAGAUGACCCAUUGGGCGGUUUCCUCAUCCUCGCAGACCACUAGCAUGCUGGAGUCGAACGUCUGCGGAUAGAUACUCGAAAUCAGCGGUUCGCUAGCACACUUUUAAAAGCUGUCAACAAGUUUUGUUGCCACUUUUCAAGAUAUAUUAACAUCGAAAACUCGACUUUACGCCAAGAAAAUCGAUUUCUGGACCACAGUUCACUGCGAGUAUUCUUACUCGAACCAAUUCCCACACAAAUAAUGGCGUGCAAGUCGGAGCCGAGGACCAGCAGCAGCGCAGUGGAGCAACUGGUGGAGUGCAAAAAUAGGAAAAUAGGAAUUGCAGAAGGCGGGAUACUUGGCCGCCGUAUGCGAACACAAUGCCCGAGAACCGGCGAUACGGUCUGGUGAUAACAAACCAGAGUUCGGACGCGGACGGUGUGGACACCGUUGCCCUAAUUGUGAACGCCAACCGACGCCGAUGCAAUGCCGCGCUGUUCUUCUUACUUGUAACGGGGAUUUCAUCUGGCGCUGCUGUUUGCCACCAUAGGCUUCAUACCUCAACCUUAGCUAACAUGACGUUCGACUCCAGCAUGCUAGUGGUCUGCGAGGAUGAGGAAACCGCCCAAUGGGUCAUGUCAGCCGUCCAUGGUAUGUGCCCGCCGCACUCCUGCCAGCCCUUAAUCGAGUUCUUCGGCCUCCUGAGGACGUGAGGAGUCGCAGAACCCGGGCCUAAACACCGACAAGUGGGCCGUGGUCAAUCGCUCCACCCUAGACUGCAAUGAUGUGGAGCGGCAGGUCCCUCAGUUCUGCG